GCAACAGGCGCGGGCGCGGCGGCGCGCGCGGGACGUCGGGAGCGCGGCGUGCUGGCGGCGUCGGCGGCGUCGGCGGCCGCAGCAGAGGCAGUUGCUGCGCCGGGUACUGAGGUCGCUGUGUGAGGCGCAGGCGCGGUGGACUCCGCCUUCCCCGGGCUCCGGCUCGCUGUGGGCUAGUCAUGGCGACCGAGGCGAGGCCCUUCCACCUGGUGGUGUUGGGCGCGUCUGGCUUCACCGGCCAGUUCGUGGCCCAGGAGGUGGCCCGGGAGCAGGUGGUCCCGGAGCGGAGUCCCCGCCUGCCCUGGGCCGUGGCGGGCCGCUCCCGGGAGAAGCUGCAGCGAGUGCUGGAGAGGGCUGCCCUGAAGCUGGGAAGACCGACACUCCCAUCCGAAGUUGGAAUAAUAAUUUGUGAUAUCACGAAUCCAGCCUCACUAGAUGAAAUGGCUAAACAGGCAGCAGUUGUCCUCAAUUGUGUGGGACCAUAUCGACUUUAUGGAGAACCUGUAGUAAAAGCAUGUAUCGAAAAUGGAACCAGCUGUAUUGACAUCUGUGGAGAACCUCAGUUUCUGGAAUUAAUGUAUUGGAAGUAUCAUGAGAAAGCUGCAGAAAAAGGGUCUUAUAUCAUUGGAAGCAGUGGUUUUGACUCCAUUCCAGCAGAUCUGGGCGUAAUAUAUACCAGAAAUAAGAUGAACGGCACUCUGACUGCUGUGGAAAGUUUCCUGACUCUACAUUCCGGACCUGAGGGGUUGUGCAUUCACGAUGGUACCUGGAAGUCUGCAGUUUAUGGUUUUGGAGAUCAAAGUAAUUUGAAAAAACUGAGAAAUGAGUCAAAUCUGAAACCUGUCCCAAUUGUUGGUUCAAAAUUGAAAAGAAGGUGGCCGAUUUCUUACUGCAGAGAGCUGAACAGCUAUUCUAUUCCUUUCUUGGGAGCAGAUGUGUCUGUUGUGAGGCGGACUCAGCGUUACUUGCUUGAGAAUUUAGAGCAAUCACCUGUCCAGUACGCCGCUUAUAUUACGGUGGGAGGCAUCACCUCUGUUAUUAAGCUGAUGUUUGCGGGACUUUUCUUUUUAUUCUUUGUGAAGUUUGGCAUUGGAAGGCAGCUUCUCAUAAAAUUCCCAUGGCUCUUCUCCUUUGGUUAUUUUUCAAAACAAGGUCCAACACAAAAACAGAUUGAUGCCUCAUCGUUUACAUUGACGUUCUUUGGUCAAGGAUACAGCCAAGGCUUUAGUCCUGAGAGGAACAAACCAAACAUGAGAAUUUGUACUCAGGUGAAAGGACCAGAGGCUGGCUAUGUGGCCACCUCCAUAGCCAUGGUCCAGGCAGCCAUGACUCUUCUAAAUGAUAUCUCUGAUCUUCCGAAGACGGGCGGGGUCUUCACCCCUGGAGCAGCCUUCUCCAGAACAAAGUUGAUUGACAGACUCAACCAACGCGGCAUUGAAUUUAGUGUGAUUAGCAGCUCUGAAGUCUAAACAGUUGAAGAAUUACCUGAAGGCAUAAAAUGCAUGAAUUAACGGCUUUUUUUAAUUUGAAAUUUGAAAUUCUUCUAUAUCCUGUCUGACUAUAUGUGAAAAAGAUUGUCAAAUCUAAAAUAUGUACACAUUAAAAGCAGGAAAUUGUACUAGCUUAUCCUAAAUUUCAAAUAUUAGCUGAUUUUGUGAUUUUAUUGCUUGUGAGAGAGAACUAAUCUUUGACUCUUUCAUUGAAGAAUUCAUGGUCAAUUUUUAAACAUGAGCUGGCAGGUCAGAGGCUGGGGUGGGGGUCUCCCUCUGUGCUGCUGACAGGCCUCAGAUGAGGUGCUCAGGCUGGUGGUCACGGGAGGCGGUAACUGCCACUCUCCUUUUGCCAUGGUGUUGAACGGGACCUCACCCUUCUAAGUUUCUCUACAUACUCUUCGGGCCUUUGCCAAAUGAAACUGCAUUUUUUGCUAUUUUAGCCUAGUUUUUCACCCACAGACACUGAUUUUUUGACUAUUACCUAAGUUGAAUAAUAAAGGGCUGUCACUUG